AACCGAACAGAUAAAAAAAAUUUAUUUUGAAAUUUUGAAAAUCAUUGCACGCAACCAUCAAUCAUUCAAAUAUCAAUAUUUCAUAGGCCCGAUUGUGGCCCGUCGAUAAUCGACGAUAACAUUGGCUACGGCCAAACAAAUGGCACAGCCACAAAAAGAAACAAACAUCACAGCAGUAACGGAUGUGGCCAAAUCGCAAACAAUUUGUCAUGAUCAACCAUCAUCAUCAUCAUCAUCUGUAUCGACGACCAAUAAUAAAAACGACAAAAUGGUUGAUUCAUGUGAUUCGAUAAAAAAAGAAUCAUCCACAUUGACCGGUGAUAGUAGUUGUACAUCAUCAUCUCGUCAACAAUCCGUUUCAAAAAUCCACAAUGAUGAUAAACAUAUGGUGGAUGAUGGAAUUGUACUAGUUGAUCAGAAUCAAACAUUAGAAUCAUCAUCAUGUCAAAAACGGAAACCAAUUUCCGAUGAUGAUGAUGAUCGACAACAAAUUUCAAUGGCCAACCCUUCAUCAUCAUCGUCAUCAAAUAAGAGAAUAAAAAUCGAAAAUGAUUAUGAUGAUACAAUGACUGCGGCAUCAUCUAUUUCAUCAAAUAAUAAUGUCACUAAAAUCGACAUGAAAAUUGGUUGUGAUAAUAAUAAUGAUAAUGAUAUCGACGUUCAACAGGAUUCAUUGUCGAUGAUCAAAGUGGAUGCCAACAAAAGUAUUGUUAUCGAUAAUAUGGAUAAUGAUCAAGAAUAUGAUGAUGCUCAAAUAUAUGAUUAUUAUGACAAACUUCAGGAUCAAAUUGAACAAGAAUGGAUUGAAGAAAUGAAAGAAUAUUAUUAUAUGUUUAAUAAUGUUGGAAUCUAUUUUGAUUUUUCAAUUAUGAAAAAACGUCUUGAUUCAAAUGGUCUUGGUAAACAAUUGGUUUAUAUUUGUGAAUCUUAUCAACAUAAUGAUGAUGACAAUAAUGACAUUAUUGAACAUAUAAAACCGAAUGCAAUUCGUCUAUUGGAAAGAAUAAAUCCGGAAUUAUGUUAUGAUAAUGUGUUGCCAAUGAUUGAACAUUUAACCACUGUCACUGAUGCAUCUGUAACUACGAUAACACCACCACUUACGCCAUCAGCUUUUGGUUCAAUUGGUGCCGGUAAAUGUCAACAACAACAACAAACAUCAUCAUCAUCAUCAAACAUUAUUAGUGCUGUAAGUGUUAAUGAACCUCCAUCAUCAUCAACAGCAUUAUCAACGAAUCAAAUAUCAACAACAACAACAACAGCGACGUUAAUAAAAUCCGAACCAAUUCAUCCUCAAUUAUCAAUUGUUUCGACAAUGACAUCGAAUGAUUCUUCUGGUAAUAAUCAAUCACAUCCAACAGUAUCAUCAUCAAAUUUAAUAGAUAAUAAUUCUCAAGCGGCUAGUCCUAAAAGCAUAUCGAAUAUAAAUGAUGUGUCUAGCACGAUCGUCAAUGAUCCGAAUAAUAAUAAUAUGGCCAUAAUUGCUAACGAUAUUAGCGAUAGCACAAACAAUAAAACAUCAUUGACAGUAGCUAAAAAGUUUUCGAUCUCGUCAUCAUUGGAUAAUGAAUCCAGUACGGAACAAAUGGUUGAACGUGCUAAAAAAGAAGCCUAUGUAAUGAAACGUAUUGCUGAACUUAGAAAAAAUGGUGUAUGGUCAAUACGACGAUUGCCUAAAGUACAUGAACCACAACGUUGUAAAACACAUUGGGAUUAUCUACUGGAAGAGAUGCAAUGGCUGGCAGCUGAUUUUUUUCAGGAACGUAAAUGGAAAAGAAAUUCUGCAAAAAAAUGUGCCCGGUUAGCAUUGAAAUUUCAUGCAUCAAAAGAAUGUCAAGCAGAACGUAUUGAACGUGAAGAACAAUUAAAAUUGAAACGUAUAGCAUCGAAUAUGGCCAAAAUGAUUAAACAAUUUUGGUCAGAAAUUGAAAAAGUUGUUGAAGCUAAACAAGAAGUGCAGCUAAAUGAGAAACGUAAAAAGAUUCAUGAUAUGCAAUUACGAUUCAUUGUUGAUAAGGCAGAUUUGUUGACGGAAAAAUUAGCGCAAGAACUUAUUGUACCUCAGAAAACAUCCAAAGCUUCAUCCACAUGUUCGGAUGCUGAUCCAUCUGAAUCGGGUACAAUGAUGAAAAUCGAUUCUACCAACAAAUCAAAAAAUGAAAAACGAUCAGAUGUUGAUGAUCAAGAUGAUGAAUUUGAACAAGGUAGCAUUUGUUCGGAUGAUGAUGAAGAAACCAUUGCCAAAGAGGAAAAAGAUUGUCAACAGGCUGAUUAUACGGAUGAAAUCAAUGCACUAUCGAAUGAAUCUGAAAUGCCAAUUGAACAAUUAUUGGCCAAGUAUUAUAAUAUUGAUGCUGAUGAACUUGAUCUCUCACAAUUACAAAAACAACAGCAUCAAAAGACGAAUGAAAAGUCUGAAGCCAAAAAUGAUGAACAGCAAAAAGAUGAUGAUACGACAACGAUGGAUGAUGAAACGGAAAACAAUGAUGAUGAUGAUGAUCUUGAGACAGCUGAUUCUGAAGAUGAAACAACUAGUGUUACGACAAAACAACAGCCAGUAGUUGAUGAAUCAAUGAUAUCUGAAGUUGAUGAUGAUCGGCCAGAAGAAGAGGCAGAUACAGAUGAUUCAGAUGAUGAUUCAGAUUUAAAUGAUGAUGAAGAUGAAGAUAAUGUUGAUAGUAGUUUCUUGAUUCAACGAGAUGACAAAAAGAAUAAUGAAACAACAGAUGAUGAAUUGAAUGAUAUUGCUGCCGGUGCUCAAAGUAUUCAGCCAAAAGGCAAUACAUUUUCAUCAGUACAAGUGAUCAAUAAGGUACCAUUUCUGCUCAAAUAUCAGCUACGUGAAUAUCAACAUAUUGGUCUUGAUUGGCUGGUGGCUAUGUAUGAGAAAAAUUUGAAUGGAAUUCUUGCCGAUGAAAUGGGCCUAGGUAAAACGAUACAAACUAUCGCUUUAAUUGCACAUUUAGCAUGCGAAAAAGGCAUCUGGGGACCACAUUUGAUUGUUGUGCCAACAAGUGUUAUGCUCAAUUGGGAAAUGGAAUUCAAGAAAUGGUGUCCAGCAUUAAAGAUAAUGACCUAUUUUGGUAAUCCAAAAGAACGUCGUCUAAAACGAAAAGGCUGGACCAAACCAGAUACGUUUCAUGUAUGCAUUACUUCAUAUAAACUUGUGAUACAGGAUCAUCAAUCAUUUCGACGCCAAAAAUGGGUCUAUUUUAUAUUGGAUGAAGCUCAUAAUAUUAAAAAUUUUAAAUCACAACGGUGGCAAAUGUUAUUGAAUUUCAAUUCAAACAAUCGUCUCCUCUUGACUGGAACACCGUUACAAAAUAACCUUAUGGAAUUAUGGUCAUUGAUGCAUUUUUUGAUGCCCAAAGAAUUUCAAUCACAUCGUGAAUUCAAAACAUGGUUUGACAAACCAAUGACCGGUAUGAUUGAAGGUCAAAAUGAUUAUAAUGAAGAUCUGAUACGGCGAUUACAUCGAGUAUUACGGCCAUUUCUUCUACGACGAUUAAAACGUGAUGUUGAGAAACAAUUGCCGAAAAAAUAUGAACAUAUUGUUCGAUGUCCAUUGUCGAAACGACAACGAUUCCUUUACGAGGAAUAUAUGUCGUUGGCAAACACAAAAGAAACGUUGGCAAGUGGCAAUUUUCUUAGUGUGAUCAACAUAUUGAUGCAAUUGCGUAAAGUUUGUAAUCAUCCUAAUCUGUUUGAAGUACGUAAAACGAUCUCACCGUUUAUCGAUGAUGGCCUACGAAUAGAUUUGCCCGGAAUAAUUACCAGCAUCAUGGACCAUGAUCCACUAAAACAAAUCAAUCUUUAUUCACAUUUGAAUCUAAUAUUUUCUCAUCUACAUUAUGAUUCCUAUAAACAAACACAAAUAAUGAAACGAUAUUAUGAUGCAUUCAAAAUGAAAGAUGUGAUCAACAAACAAGAGGAUCAGAUUUAUGUUCGCCUCAGUGAUUAUAAAGAUUUUCAUCGUUUUAUGAGAAAUAUUCGUAUGGUGAAUUCAUCAUCAAACACUCCGAAUCAUUUGAGACCACAAUUGACCCUUUCCAAUCAAAUACUUCCAGUUACUAAUAAUAAUAACAAUCCUAGUAAUAAACAACAAUUGAUUCGUUCGACAAACAAUCAGAUUCGAAUUAAAAGUCUUGAAAGUUCAAAAAUCAUUCCACCGUCGAUUAAUAAUAAUAAUAAUAGUAAUAACAAUAAUCAAACACUGACAAAAUCACCACAGAUCAAUGUAAAUUUAUCGGACAAAAAAAUUAUCAAUUUUUAUUCACAUAUCUUUAUUAAUCAAGGAUCAAAUGAAUCUCCAAAAAUUGAUCGUGAUAAUGUUAGCAUUGAAAUUCGUAAAUGUGAUGAAGAAUCCAAAGAAAACCGGAAUAAAUUAUUUGGUAAUGGAAAAUUUGCUCGUGAAGAAACCGUUCUACGAUUGAAAACAUUAUUCAAUGAUAAAUUAAGACGUCUUGCAUUGAAUAAUAAAUCACGUUGUCAAGGUUUUGCACGAUAUUGUACGGAUUUUUUUGAAUUGUUCGAUUUUUUCGGCUACAAAGGAAUAGUUAAUUUUAUUCCAUGGAAUAAAAUUAAUAAUGAAAAAAUAAUAAUAAUGAUAAAGAUGAAAAACAAAGAUUCAAAAAUGCUAUAUGGUACAUCAUUCAUCAACGGUUUGACGUUGGUUCGUCGAAGUCAACGCCUCAAAGAUGGUGAAGAAUUUGAUCGAAAUGAUCUUUAUUAUACUACGCAAAACCUGAUUCAAUUGGUUGAUUCACCGAAUUCAUUGACCAAAAAUCUUGAAGAGCUAAUGAAACGGUUCAUUUUUGCCGUUCCUGGUAUUUUAUCACCAGCUACCAGGCUCAAUUUGUCAAAUGUUAAAUCAUACAAAAAAAUUGAUCGAUCAAAUUGGAUAGAAAAUUUGGAACGAAAAUUCUCCUCUGAUAAAUUUGAUGUUCUCACCAUUCCUCGAGUUCAAUUUAGUCUUCAAUUGCCUGAAACAAGAUUAAUACAAUAUGAUUGUGGUAAAUUACAAAUACUUGACAAACUUUUAUGGCAAUUAAAAUCUGGACGUCAUCGUAUUCUGAUAUUUACUCAAAUGUCACGAAUGUUGGACAUAUUAGAACAAUUUCUUAAUUAUCAUGGCCAUACAUAUCUACGUUUGGACGGUACAACCAAAAUCGAUCAACGACAAGCAUUGAUGGAACGUUUCAAUGCUGAUCAACGAAUUUUUUGUUUCAUUCUAUCCACACGAUCCGGAGGCAUUGGUGUUAAUUUGACUGGUGCCGAUACUGUGAUAUUCUAUGAUAGUGAUUGGAAUCCAACGAUGGAUGCACAGGCUCAAGAUCGUUGCCAUCGUAUUGGUCAAACACGUGAUGUACAUAUUUAUCGUUUGGUCAGCGAAAGGACGGUUGAAGAGAAUAUAUUGAAAAAAGCUAAACAAAAGAAAAUGUUGGGCGAUUUAGCUAUUGAAGAGGGCAAUUUUACCACCGCAUUCUUUAAACAAACUGCCAUCAAAGAAUUAUUUGAUGUUGGUGAACAAGAGAUGAAUGAAGAACCUACCAUUAGUGAACCUGUCGAAAUUAUUGAAACUGAAGAUAAUUCUGUUGUGGAUUCGGCGCCUGCAACCCCAUCACCACCUACAAACAACAAUAGUUCAUCAACGAUACAAAAUGCUGCAUUCGAACAAGCGUUGUGUACGGCCGAAGAAGAAAACGAUGUUACAGCAGCCAAAAUUGUUCGUGCUGAAGUUGCAGCCGAAUUGGAUGAAUUUGAUGAAAACAUUCCGAUUGAGGAGAUCCCAGAUGAAAAGAGUCCCGAAGAAGAACAGAUUGAAGAAUUAAUCUGCCAGCUUACACCAGUAGAACGUUAUGCAUUGAAAUUUUUGGAAAGUUCACAAGAUUUCCUUGAAUUGAAACAAGCAGAGGAGGAGAUGGAAGAAACGAAAAAACAAUGGCAAAAAUCGAUAAAUGAGUGGAAAAAAGAUCAAGAAGAAUUACGUAAACGUGAAUUGGAAGAAUUAGAAGAUUCCAUUAUGACAUGUUCACGAGUGGAUGGUUCCAUUUCAAAGGUGUUCAUGUCGUUCAACUGUUCCGAACCGAUGCCGAUCUGGGCACCACCAACACCACCACAAGAUGAAAAUGAUUUUUAUAUUGAUUAUUCAUUUGGUUUUUCAUAUGAAAAAACUCUCAUGUCUGAAUCACAAUUACCACCAGUGUAUAUGCCUAAAGAACAUAAACGUAUUCGUAUUGAUCCAUUACAUGCCCGUAAACAAUCAUAUCAUUCAUUAUCAGCUAGUGGACAAUCAUCUCAUAUUACAAAAUCCAGUGGUAGUGGACAUCGUCGUACUGAUGAUCUAUUCAAUAUACCGAAAUCAUUAUUUGAUCGUUCUGUUGGCCGUCAUCGGCGUGAAAUUCUUCUAUUUAAAUCAAAACUUUGGCCUGGAAGUCAGAAUCUUGUGUCGAUCAGUAACAAAGCUAUAGCGAAUAUUGAUUCAAUGCCUAUACAAAAUCUUUCGACAGCUUUAUCUAGAUCACAACAGAAUAUAUCAUUGAUAAAUAGAAUGGCCGAAUGGACAACCAAUGAAGAUUAUUCCAUUAUCUAUGUUUUACUUUUCAUGCAAGAAUUGCCAUUCAAUUUAAGCAUAAUAUAUCCUGGUCAUACACCUAAUUGGGAUUUUGUCGCUGAUCAAGUGAAUGCAUUGAAUUGUUUUAAAAGAUCUUCAAAACUUUGUCGUUAUCAUUUUGAAACUAUGAUGACCGAUAAAGAUGAUCAAUCAGCUGGUUUAGUUGGUGGUAAUAUGGUUGGUGUUCCAGGUGGUGGAUUGAUUCCCGGUAUGAUGAUUGGAGGUUCUGUUAACGAUUCAAUGAAUCCUCAGAUCAUGAGAUCUGGAACAAUGAAACAGACAAAAUCAUCGAAAAAAUCAGCCAAACAAGCUGCACUGAAUCAACAACAACAACAGCAGCAUCAACAACAACAACAAUUACAAUUACAACAACAACAAAUGAUUCACCAACAACAUAUUCCAUCAGGUAUAAUGCCCAUUGCCAUGGGUAAUAUGCCACCACCGCCACCGAUUAUGUCGGCAACUGGUCAAUUACCGAAUCCAUUAGCUAAUCCUACUUCGAAACAACAAACACAAGCAUUAAAUCAACAAAUGUUGACAGCACAAUUAUAUCGUGUAUCGAAUAUGAUGCAAAAAACAAUCAAUGAUAAUAAUCGUGAAUUUACAAAUCAAAUGCAUCGAAGAUUUGCUGCAAUCAAACAGAUUGUAAUACAGCGAACACAAACAUCGAAAUCAUUGUUUAAAAAACCACAAAAUAAAUAUGAUAUGACUAAAGUAUUCAAGAGUGAUGUCAUUAAUACUAAUAUCGAUUUUGAUCGACCUUUGACAGUCGAAGAAGUAGCUGCACGUCGUGCCGAACGUAUUAAUCGUGAAAAAUUAGCUCUUCGACAACAACAACAACAACAACAACAGCAGCAGCAACAACAACAACAACAGCAGCAACAAUCAGUAUUUCCGACUCAAAUGCGAUACAAUAUACCGGUAGCCGCCAGUAAUGCAAGUGGCGUCCAACAACAAUCAAUACCACAGCAAUAUCAUACAGUUACGGUUAGUGGUAAUACAACAAAUCCACAAACGGCCAUUGCUUUGUCUUCUGGUCAACAGCAACCUCAAUCACAACCACAACAACAACAAAUUAUUUUAAAUUCACCAGUUCCAUCGGCACAUUCAAACACGGCACAAUUCAUACCACAUGUUCAACAAUUUUUAGCUGCUACAAAAGCUGGUGCAAAAUUUCAGAAUCUGGCUGCUGUUACAACCGGCAGCGGUGAUAGUGGUGAAGUUAGCUCAGAUUCUAAUCAAACAAUUGCAAAUAUUCAGGCUAAAGUUCUUCAACAAAGUGGUGUUGGUCAAUCAUCAUCUGCGGCCAUACAUCAUGUAUCAUUAUCACAAGCACAAUCUAUGGGUCUUAUAUCACAAGGUGUUGCAUCCAUAGCAACGAUUAGUUCACCACAACAAGUUGAUACAAGUUCGACAAAUACCGUUUCAUUGACUCAUCAAUUAAAUCAACAACAACAAGCUACAACCGCUCAACAAUUCAUGAUUCAACAAUCAUCUAGCACUGGCAGUAGCCAAUCAGUUCCAGUUAAUGUUUCAAUAGCCGGUCAGCAACAACAACAUAAAUUCUUGGCCAUCUCCAGUCCAGCUGGAUCAUCGAAUCCACAAACAGCUAAUCUAACACAGGUUACACCACAACAAUUAAUUGCAUCAAAUCAGAUGAAUCGACAACCGUUUAGACAUCAUCUAUUGGUAUCUCGAGGUGGAGCUCGACCACAGGUUGUUGCUGCUACUGCUGCUCAACAUCAUCCAUCCAAUACAUUACAAUCUGGAUCAUCACCUGGUAUUCGUCAUAUUCAUAUGCAAUCAGUACGUGCUGCUGUACCUCAACAACAACAAUCUACAAGUGGUGUUGGUGGUACUGUGAAUCCUUCGACAACAACAAUACCACCGACAGCACAACGAUUACAAUUAGUUUCACAAUCAUUGAUUACUUCUGGUGUUGGCAGUGGUAAUAAAAUAUUGGCAACAUCAUUGAUAACUAAUAGUUCGACAAAUACAUCAAAUUCACAAACCACGAAUACAAUAAUUGGACCACAAUGUAUAUUGUCUGGAUCGAAUCAAUUAUUGACACCAGUUUCAUCGAUUAAAACUAGUGCAGGUAAUAAUGGUGGUGGUGGUGGUCCACAACAAGGCCCAUAUAUUCGAACAAUUCGUAAAGAUGCUACCAUUGCAAUUGCAUCUUUAAAACCAAGUCCAUUAAUAUCGAUCUCGAAUCCACAACAAACAUUAACAACAUCUAGCAUAAUGACUUCUAGUGGACAACAACAACAACAACAACAGAUUUUUGUUCAACAACAGCAACAAGAAAUACAGCUUUCUCAACAACAACAACAACAACAACAGCAACAACAAUCAUUGACAUUGGCUGGAAAUAUUGUCAAAACUGUUCAAGGUGUUAAUCCAUUCACUGGUAAUACACAAACAUUUACAAUACCAGCAAGUCAAGCAAGUAAAAUUCUAAAUCAAUCAUCAAUUAGUGGUGGUCAACUUCGUUAUAUUUCAAAACCACCAUCAAAUUUAAUUGGUAAACCACAACCACAACAGCAAUCGAUAAAUAUUGGUGGUGGUAGUGGUGAUCAUCAUCAACAACAACAACAACAACAAUUACCAUCGAAUAAUCAACGUACAGCAAAUAUUAUAACACCAAUGUUUGCAUCACAACAACAACAGCAACAACAAUCAUCAUCAACAACAUUGACAACAAAAUCAAAUUUUAAUUUUGUUACAUAUUAA